CUUGGUCCAGUUCUAUUUUAAACAGAAGCGUUAUUUUGCACAUCUUUCCCGUUUGCGCUGAGUUAACGCUUCCUAAUGGAGUGGCAACGGAUCCUCCAGUAGGACAAUUGUUGCGAUUGUCCAAGUCUUUUUCUCGCUCUGCUUCCACAAUAACAGAAACUUUUCAAGUGACGUCACGCGUUGUUGUUUUAUCACUUAUUCUUGCAACUCCUUUUGAUUUCUUUUCAAGGUACCGUUUCAAGACCGGCAUCGAGGCACUUUGUGCAGUUAUCGAAGUCUAAACUGAAAUACGGUGACUGCACUGAUCCGAUUCAAACGUCUCUCUCCGCCGUUGUUUGGAAGGAUCAAAGAGCUGUGUCAGCAGUUUCCUCACGGCAUCACCGACCAGGUGAUCCAGAACGACAUGCCGCACCUGGACGCUCAGCAGAGGGCUGCUGCCAUCAACAAACUGCUCUCGCUGGGUUGUCUGGAUCUGCUCCGGAACAGCAGCGGGCUCCUCUAUAGGCUGAAGGAGACGCAGAGCGCUAGCAAGAUGAAAGGUUCCGACAACCAGGAGAAGCUGGUCUACCAGAUCAUCGAAGACGCCGCAAACAAAGGCAUCUGGAGCCGGGACAUCCGCUUCAAGAGCAACCUCCCUCUGACUGAGAUCAACAAGAUCCUCAAGAACCUCGAGAGCAAAAAACUCAUCAAGGCCGUCAAGUCUGUGGCGGCGUCCAAGAAGAAAGUCUACAUGUUGUACAACGUGCAGCCCGACCGCUCAGUGACGGGCGGCGCCUGGUACAGUGACCAGGACUUUGAGUCGGAGUUUGUGGAGGUGUUGAACCAGCAGUGCUUCAAGUUCCUGCACGGCAAGGCGGAGUCGGCGCAGGACAGUAAGCAGAGUCCCGUGCUCCAGAGGAACAGUUCCUUCGCCACCUCGCACGAAGUCUGGAAGUACAUCAGCGAGCUGGGCAUCAGCAAGGUGGACCUGUCCACGGAGGACACGGAGACCAUCCUGGACACGCUGGUGUACGACGGCAAGGCGGAGAUGAGCGUGAUGGCAGCCAAGGAGGGGACGCCGGGCAGCGUGGACGGACGCAUCAAGCUGUAUCGCGCCGUCAAGGCCGUGACGGCGCCCGCCGGACUGGUCAAGACGCCCUGCGGACUCUGCCCGGUUUUCCACGAGUGUCACGAUGGCGGCGAGAUCUCGCCAUCCACCUGCGUCUACUUGGACCAAUGGCUUGCCUUCUGACAGCUGGCUCGCGCCCCCGACGACCCACUGUGCUGCUACGCUGGGGCUUCCUUACUGGCAUCUGGUUGCCGCUUGCGCCCUUGUCAAUAAAGUCAAUCCUCGCAUGGCUCGUUUCAUGAUGCUUUGCAACUGCGGGAAGAGUUGUAUUCCGAAAUCAAAGAAAGCUCCGAAUAGAUGACGGCGUGAAGCUGAUACAUAUAGAAUACAGAGAGCGACCAACCAGCGUUCUCACCACAUUGCAUGGCGUAGGUAUGUAGAAACAUUGAAUAAUUUAGCUCCAAGAUGAUAAAUAAACAUUUUAAGUCAUUU